GGAAAUUUUGAACUAUGAACAGAACCGAGUGAAAAAAAGGUUUUAUUAUUUUUUCUUGAAUUGAAAAGAAAAGAAAAAAGAAAAAAAAGAAAAGAAAUAUUCGUGAUUUUUCUAGAGAAAGAUUUCGUAGGCGGCAAUCAAAGGCGGAGUUAUUUUGUACUUGGAAACCCGAUACCCUUUGCCUCUUGUCAAAUACUCAAAACUUUGGUGUUUCAUUCAUUUUUUUCUGCUCUUUCAAUUUCAACCGGAAAUAAGCACACGCUGGAAUGUUACCACUACUAGCUUACCAAGUGGUGAGCCAAUACUACAGGCUCCAAAGGAACCCCAUCACUGUGGGGCUCCUUGCCACUAAUACUCUCAUUCAUUUAAGGCCCAAUUUUCUUCGUCAUAUCAUCCCUUCCAUAGACGACGUCUGGUUUAAUGCACAUCUCAUCCUCAAGCACAAGGACUUGAAGCGUUUUUUACUUUCACCAUUCUACCAUGUGGGUGACCCUCACCUUGUCUACAACAUGAUAUCUCUACUAUGGAAAGGCAUUCAAUUGGAAACAUCGAUGGGUAGUAUCGAAUUUGCUUCGAUGGUCAGUGCGUUGCUCGUAAUGUCACAGGGAAUUACCUUGCUGCUCAUCAAAUCCCUACUAGUUUUCAACUAUGAUAGGCCUUACUACUAUGAAUAUUCUGUUGGGUUUUCCGGUGUACUUUUCGCUAUGAAAGUUGUUCUUGGUUCUCAAGCUGAAAGCUACACUUACCUUCAUGGUAUAAGAGUACCAUCAAGCCAUGCUGCUUGGCUCGAACUAAUACUUAUCCAAAUGGUUUCACCUGGCGUCUCUUUCCUCGGUCAUCUUGGUGGUAUACUUGCGGGUCUUCUCUUUUUGCGUUUGAAGGGUACGAAUUCAGGGUCGGAUCUGUUGACACUUCUAAUUAGAAGAGCUGGUCAGAUAUUGAGUCGUCCUCUUGGAUUUUUCUGUCGCUUGAAUCCAUUUCGGCAGCGUAGGAUAUUUGGAGGAGGAACGGUCGGUUCAAGGCCUGCAACGAGUAUCGAUACGUGGAGGUGUCAAGCAUGUACAUUUGACAAUUCUGGUUUAUUAAGCAUAUGUGAAAUGUGUGGGACAGAUCGGCAGGAUAGGGUGCUGCCUUUGCAUCACUUAUCACGUCAAUUCGAUUUAACUCGAGAGGAAGUGCGUCGUCGGAGGCUUGAAAGAUUUGGAUGAUAAUAGAAUAGAUUGUUCCUUUUCUCUGGUCACCAGGUAUUUCCUUUUAGAAGAGUAAAUAAAUAAAUUGAAAGGCUACCACUUUUUCUUUUGGUAAUCAGUGUUUAAAACGUCAAUGACAACGGAAUAUCGAUAUUCUAAUUUUA